UAGAGUUUACAAGUUUUUAGGUUGAUAUUUUUGUUGUUGUUGCAUUUUUUUAAUAGAAAUCUACCAAUAAAUAUGGAUAAAAAUAGUGAUACUGAGUUAGUCUCUGAUCGGGAUUAUGAUAGCAUAGAGGGAGAUACAGAGGGGCAUGGUAGUGUAUAUGUUCCAUGUUCGUCACCCGGAGAUAGACAGAAGGUGUAAGGGGUAGCAACUAUCCCACUAACACCUACAACCGCUUCACCUAGAGAUAGAUUUUUGGGUCAGAGUAGGGCUAGGGUUUCUCGUAGAGAAAAGCAACCCGAUACCUUUAAUGGAUCAAGUAGUGAUUGGCAGGACUACAUAGUACAUUUUGAGCAGGUUUCUACAUGGAAUGGGUGGACAGAAACUGAGAAAGCUCAGCAAUUAAGUAUGAGUCUUCGGGGAACUGCUCAGAAGCUUCUUAGUAGCCUAACUAGUGGUCAGCUGUCCAAUUAUCAGGCAAUUAAGAAUACACUGACUCAAAGGUUUAAUCCUAAGGAACGUAGUGUUGCCCAUAGGUGUGAGUUUAGGAAUAAACAGCAGGGAAAAGGUGAAUCGGCUGCUGACUUUGGGUAUACUCUAAGGAGACUAGCUUUGUUAGCUUAUCCAGAGCUACCAUAUACAUACCUGGAGACCCAGGUAGUAGAUCAGUUUAUCAAUGGGUUGAGGAACUGUGAAAUGAGAAAGAAGGUUACGUUUAGUCACCCACAAACAUUAGACGAAGCUAUUUCCUCAGCUGUUGAGUUUGAAGCAGUGUUAGGUUGCACCUCCAUUAAACUUCAUGGCGAUUCAGUGAAAGUUUGUACUUUACAAACGGUUAGCGCUAAGUCUAAAUCUAAUGAAUAUGAGAAUGAGGAGAAAUUGACACAAGAGACAAUAACCCAACUUAUCGAUAAACAGAUAGGUAAUUUGUCUAGGAGUAGAAAUGAGCAUAGAAAACGUUCAAUCGAGACAACUACAAAAACUGGUGCUUGCUAUUUUUGUAAAGAAGUAGGGCAUUACGUAAGGGACUGUGCUAGGCUCAGUACUCUGAAGGAAAGGGAAGAAAGGGUAGCAAAAGUAGAGUCAGACCAAAGGAAAGCUGAAGUCGCAGCCAAGAUCCCAGCUGGUCAAGAUGCAAUACACACAUUAUGUAUUUCUAGGCAUAAAACAAGGUUGGAGAAAAGAGAGAAGACUCAAGGGAAAACAGAAAAACAAGAGACGGUGUCAAGUCAGGUUCGACAAACAUUACAUGAUGUAUAUUCAGACAUGGGUUGUCUUUAUACAGAUGUGCAGGUGCACAAUGUAACAUGUAUGAUGCUGAUAGAUACUGGGUCUCCUGUUUCUGUUCUCUCCUAUGCAGAGUUUUCAAAAUUGGGGUUAGAUGAACUGUCGCUACAGAGAUUUGAAACAAAUAUCACUACAGCGGAUGGUAACCAAGUGGAAGUUAAAGGGUGUAUUCCUUUAGUUUUCGAAAUGGGCUCAAAUACUUUUGAACAAAUAUUUGUAGUGGCUACCGUAGAUAACCUGUCUGGGAUGCUGGGAAUGGAUUUCUUGGUGAAAUACAAUAGUACAAUCCUGUUAGAAAAGGGAAUACUUGAGACCUGUCAGGGAAAUUUUCAUUUAAGUCAACAGAGACGUGAUAGUGACAAUGUAGUACUAUCUGUAAUGAACAUGGAACCACAAAUUGUCCGUAAACAGCCAGAGUUGGUAAUUAGUACUGUAGAUACAGUAACUAAGGACAUAGGUCAGGAAUGUACAAAGAUAGAUGAGAUUGUGGAUAGUGAACAUCCAAUCAGAGUUAAACUUCGUAAAGGAAGUAAUGCUGUUAAUAGGAACACUACUGAGGGAGAUACUCAUUCCGUGAACGAUUCGAAUGAAGUCUCAGUCUUGAAAAACGAAUCUUAUGAGAAGACUUAUUUAGCUAGUACCAACAAUGCUACCUCAAUCAAACUUCUGAUAGGUAUGACGAUAGUGAUGAUUGCGAUGACUAUGCUUGGUAUGAUUAGGUCUGAUCAACUAGUUCGUGUAUUACUUACGGGUCAUACUGAUGAGUGUAAAAUAUCUGGUUCAAAUCUGGUGACUCUACUACACAGGAAAUGGUACUGUCAGACAAGUCGUGUGACUAUUGGUAGACCAAAGGUUUGGUAUCCUCCGUAA